AAAAAAAAUUUUUUUUUUAAAGAGAGAAAAAAUUUUUUAUAAAGAGGAAAUAGAAAAAAAAUUUUUUUUUAAGGGAGUGAUUUUUUUCAAUGGGGGUGACGAAGAAAGAAGGAAAAUUUAGAAAAAAUAACAAAAAUAAGACAAGAGAAAGAGAAAGGAAAGGAAAGACAGAAAGGAAGAUCGGAAGAUCAAACUCAACAUUCCGCAUGAUUAAUUUUUUCCGUAUACAUUUCUUAUAUAUUAGUUUUUUUAAAAAAUGUUCAAAAAUGAAUUGCUUAUUAAAUAUACGGAAUUUGUAUACGGAAUCUAUAGAAACGUACAAAAAAUGUAUACAAAACGUAUUCUUUCCGUAUACA